CGUCGACCCGGGGUUGUGUCUCUCCUCCUCUGCGCUCGACUUGCUGCCCGAUGCUGAUCCUCUCUUGGCGUCUCUCCGGCUUCUCCGCGACCGUUGCUCAGACUUCCGCUCCCUUCUUCCCUCGCCUCUUACUUUCUUCCCCUGGAACUCUACAUUCUCCUCUCUUUCUGUCCUCCUCCAGCCUCCUCCUCAUGCCCAUCCUGGGUCCGCUCAACUUCUCCCCCCGGUGACACCUCGAAUCUCCCCAUGGCCAAGGUCGAUGCCGCGGGGGAGGUGGUGGAUUCCGCCCCGACCGCCGCCUCGCCGACCCCGAGUCUCCCCAAAGCCCCCGUCGAGGCUCGCUCGCUGUCUUCCAUCACCGCAAUCGCUUCCAACCCUCCGGCCUAUCCGCGCAAUCCGACCCAGAAGAAACUCGACCCGUUGGUGCUCUAUAUUGUGCGGGUCCCGGGCAGUCGAGAUGUUUUCCUUACUCCCUUGAAACCUCCCACGAAGUCCAACGUCUCGGCCGAGGCCAUCAAUGCCUCUCUAUACUAUUUGCACGUCGCCACCCCGGACGAUGACGUCCUGCUCCAGGAAUACGAGCAGGAGCGCGAAGAGGAGGCCCGGCUGCGAAAAGAGGCCCUCAAGGAUGAUCCGGAUGCUCCGCUUCUCUCGCGCGAGUUUGCGCGAUUGAACAAUGUCCGGCGCAAGCCUGUUCCUGGUGCUGGGGGCGCAGGCAGCACCCCCAAGGUCGAUGCGACCACCACACCCCCCGCUCGCCCUCGUCCGACCUCGUGGCAGUCGCAGGGAUCGUUGCCGUCGACUCCAAGCCUGCAGCGUCCUUCCAUGCCUCCCCGGCCGAGCUUCCAGGGACAACCCCCCGACUACGCUCCCACAACACCGCCAUUCGCGCCCGUCAAUCGCGAUCCUAUCGAGGCCGUGGCAGAAGCUGCGCGCGCGUCGCGGCCCCUUCCUCCUGUCCCGAGAGAGGAGCCUGUGCUGGGACCUCCGUUAGACCCGGUGCCGAAGAAGACCAAUCGGUGGAGCGCUGCGCUGUCGGGGUAUAUCGCUCGGGGGCAGGAAACGUUGAGGGAUAAAUAUGAAGCCGGUCGGCCGAGUCUGGACGCUCAACGGCCACCGAUUCGGCCGGAGAUCCGGCCGCAUUCAGCGCAUGGGAGUCCAUCACAUUCUUAUCUCGGGUCGCCCUCGAGGAGCCCUGGGAGGGCUCCCGCCAGGAGUCCAGGGCAAUCGCCCAGCCGGAGGCCGCACGACCGGAUGCCUGAACGCCCGGGGUUCCAUCUCACGCUGAUCCGUCGGGAUCCGACGCAUGGCAGCCAGUGGAACGUUGCGACCAUGUCGACACCCCGGAUGGACGGUGGGCCCAUCGAUAUUGAGGUGCUCACGCCGGGAUACAAUCGAUUUACAGCGCAAAAUGAGCCGCUUUCCCUCGCGAGCUUGGGAGUGAAUCUCCCCGGCGGCCAGCCGAUCUCGCUCUCAUCAUUCAAACGCCCACAGGAGGUGACCGAACCCACCUCUACCCCUAACGAACCACAUCCUCGACGAUUCCACCGCAAGCUCUGUGUCUCCCGGCCCUACUUCCAGGAAGAACCACGAGGGUCGCUGGACCUCCCUGGUCGUCCGUCUCUCGACAGCACCGGCAGCGGCAGUCCCACGAAGCCCCAUGCACCGCCGCACUCCAAGCUGAAGAGCGGCUAUUACACCUUCAAUUCGCCAUGGAAUGGCAUCUGCACCUUUACGACAAGCGUCAACGGUCGCAGCCUCAAAUGCAAACACAUGAUACCCACCCCUGGUUUUCCCAAUGCCAGCAGCCACCAUCACACACCCACCUCACUGCCAGAGGCACCCGCCAUUACUGUUGCCGAAAUUCGCUUCAACACGCCCUUUCGAACAGGCCACCUCCACCAGCCAUCGGGGGCUCAUAUGUCACCGUUUGCGCUCGGCCCAACCUACCACCCCGCCUCCCCUCCCACGGAAUUCUCUCUCUCCUCUCCGACAACCUCCGGCAAUCCCUCCUCGAAACGAGAUUCCCUGGCCCGGUUUCUCAACGCACACAAAUACACCCGACCUCGCGCCCGCUCAGGCGCUAGUAUCUCCUCUGGAGACUUUGGUGCCAGCCACCAUGCCCGCAAUCCUUCAAAUAGUAGCACCAGCAGCGGAGGUGACGAAGAACGAGAAAAGACGGGACUCUUGCGCCGUCCCCCGAGCGACGACCGAUUGGAUCUGUCUCUUGCGCGGGAGCGGGCGGGCGGAGGGAUGCGGGGGAAGUCAGCCAAGAUGGGCAAAUUGAUUGUCGAGGAUGAGGGGAUUAAGAUGUUGGAUUUGGUGGUUGCUGCUUGUAUGGCUGUGUAUACGGUGAGCUGUUGAUAUUCCCAUACUGUUCAUUUGGCAUUUGAGCGAUUGCAUCAUGUAUUCCAUAGCUGAUUAGUAUUCUGAGUAUUUCAUGAUACCUUGUACCUUAUGUAAACCACCAACCUAGUCACUUGUAUCUAGAUCUAC